CGGAAACACUCUUUGUAGCCGGGUUUGAGCUGCGAGUGUCGUCGUCUGAGCGCGCACGGUUAAAUACUCGCCUCUUUUUAAGAUUAAAGGAAGAUAAAACUCUUAAGAGAUGUUUUAUCACAUCUCUUUGGAGCAUGAGAUUCUCCUGCAUCCGCGAUACUUUGGACCCAAUCUGUUGAACACAGUCAAACAGAAGCUGUUCACUGAGGUGGAGGGGACGUGCACGGGAAAGUAUGGAUUUGUUAUUGCUGUAACCACAAUCGAUAAUAUCGGAGCAGGUGUCAUCCAGCCUGGCAGAGGUUUUGUGCUGUAUCCCGUCAAAUACAAAGCCAUCGUGUUCCGUCCCUUUAAGGGAGAAGUCGUGGAUGCUGUUGUCACCCAGGUUAACAAAGUUGGACUCUUUACAGAAAUCGGGCCCAUGUCUUGUUUCAUUUCUCGUCAUUCUAUUCCCUCCGAGAUGGAGUUUGACCCAAACUCAAAUCCUCCUUGCUAUAAGACAGUCGACGAGGACAUUGUGAUCCAACAAGAUGAUGAAAUUCGACUGAAGAUUGUGGGAACUCGAGUGGAUAAGAAUGAUAUUUUUGCCAUUGGAUCUCUCAUGGACGACUACCUGGGUCUCGUGAGCUGAUUCUCCUGCCAAGAACAUGGGAAAUAUUAAACUUGACGCUGUGGUGGUGCAUAAUAGUUUGUGUAUAUACUGUAAUUAUCUUCCCAUUCGUUUGAAGUUGUCUUUUUUCCCCCCUCUUUUUAUAGUUAUUUUUAUCCCCAUGUUAGUAUAUCCAUAGUUUUCCCAUGGCAACAGUUCAAUUGUGGAACAGCAUCGAGAUAAAUGGGAAGCGAGUGUAGCUCAGCAGUGGCUCUGUGUUAUGGAUAGACUUUGAACUGUUUAAUUUAAAGUGAGGCGGCAGAGAAAGGGUAAGUAUGAUUGGUUGAGCUCUUCAGAUAUUAAAAGAACCUGUGAGCAAAAGCUUUUCACAAGCACGUUAUAGAAGGACGAAGGUAUCAUUCCUCACAUUGCUUUUUAGAGGUUUUUUUUGUCUCUAUUAUAUAAGGUCAUUUUUUUUUAAAUAUUUUUGUAAAUGCCAGCCAACUUGUACUUGUAUCUAUUUCUCUUUUGUAAUACAGCACUCACAAAAUUUU